GCAAUAAAAAACAACAACAAAAAACAAAAACAAAAAAAAAAACUUUUAAAUAAAAAGUGUUCAUUACGGAUGUCUUAAAGUGGAAACAAUAUUCAUAUCUAAUUUAAAAUAUCUAAGACAUGAAGUUUAAUACGAAAUACCGUCGCGGUCAAAUAUAUUGUAAACUGACUUUUUCAUCCAUUAAAAGAUAAUACCAGAGUGGGAUAAUGCCCUUUUGGACUUCUUAUAUUUGAUAACUCGGAGACACAUUGCUGUACAAAUAGAUUAUAUAAAGCCACUUACCGGGUAGAUGUCGGGUGUAAUCUAGGACAGAGCAGUAUUUAUCACGAGGGUAUAUGCGUGGCUGGAUAGAAAUAAACCACUUCCAAAAAUGGGAAUACAAACAAAUGAAAACACGUGAACAUUAUGCAAAUGUGGGGCAGUGGAUAGCUACUUUCUGGCGUUAAAAUGUCGAAGAAAGAGCAGCAGGUUCUCGAUGGCGCGGCGGAACAGUUGCAGCCAAGGCCUAAGAAGGGCAGACCGCGCCACAAGGACGGUGAACUUCCGGUGGACAUGCGGUGCGGAUUCGGUCCGUGCUCUCCUGCCGCCGUCCAAUGCUGCGCGCGGAUGGGGGUGUUCGUGGGCGCGUACAGCAUCUGCGGGCUGAUGACGUCAGUCCUGUCUAUGUACAUUAUGUCACAAAUAACGACCAUUGAGAAGCAGUUCGGACUUAGCAGCUCCCAGUCUGGGCUGCUACUCUCCUGUAACGAUAUUGGUUAUCUCCUUACCACUCUCCUGGCCAGCUACUUUGCCCGCAAGGUGCAUAUUCCCCGCGUUCUCUGGCUCACCGUCAUCGUGUACGGCGUGGCCGGCAUUAUUUGUUCGCUGGCGUACUUUGUGUCCAAGGACUUCAUUGUGAAGCAGGGGGCGCAGAUAUCUAGCUUAUUCACUGCAGGGAAUAGUUCAGGUGGUAACAAUGCGUCGUUGACGUUGGUGAUACCAUCAAGGCAAUAUCCCAUGUGCAAUAAAGUGAGUGACGCCAGUAGCACGGGUUAUGCUGUGGUCGUGACGAACAGUUCUAAAUGUGACAUGGACGGCGCAGAGACGAGUUUUGGUGUAGGAGAGCCAAACCAGUUUACCAAUAUAGCCAUGACCCUUAUUGCCAUUGGGAUGGUGCUGCAGGGCCUGGCGAAGGCGCCGCGCUACCCGUUCCUCACCACGUACGUGGAUGACAACGUGAACAAGAAAAACACCGCCAUGUACAUGGGUAUUAUCUCUGGUGUCGCGAUUUUCGGCCCAGCUAUUGCAUUCUCCGUCGGCAGUGUUUUCAGUCGCCAAUAUGUCACAUUACAAGAUGUGCCGAUCUCUCCGCGGCACCCGGCGUGGAUCGGCGCGUGGUGGCUGGGCUUCCUGGUGUUCGGUAUCAUCUCCAUCUUCGUGUCCUUCCCACUCCUCUUCUUUCCAAGGAAGCUCCGUCCACGACCGCCCAAGGCCAAGCAACCCAAGACCGACUCAUCUGUCAAACAAGCACUUUUAGGCUUCCUGAAGAGUCUGUUUCGGCUUGUAAGUAAUAGCGUCUACAUGCCACUGACGUUGAGCACGUGCGUUAUUCUAUUCGGGGUCGCCGGGAUGAUUGCAUUCAGCGCGAAGUACCUCGAGACCCAGUUCUUCAUUCCGGCCUGGAAGGCUAACAUGUUAGUAGGUUUGAUGAACAUCGUGGCGGCCUCGAUAGGGACGGUGGUAGGCGGCUGCGUUGUGACCAAGCGGAAGUUGUCACCCCUUGCGUGCAUCCGAAUGUUGUUGGUCGUGGGCAUCCUCUCUGUAGUGCAGAUAUGUCUCGGCUACGUGUUCGGAUGUCCUAACCCUGACAUAGUUGGCUUCAACCAAGAAAGGUUAGGCUGUUUCCCUGACAUAGUUGGCUUCAACCAAGAAAGCCCAUUGGAUAUCAGUAACGCUAGCUGUGCGACCGGGUGCGGAUGUGACCCUCACACGUACUUCCCCGUUUGUGGCAAUGAUGACGUGAACUACAUGACUCCGUGCCACGCUGGCUGCACUAAACAGGAAAAUCUCACGUUCGCGGGUUGUUCGUGUGGCGGGGGUCGGGUGAGCCCGGGGCUCUGCGAAACAUCGUGUGACAUGUUAUACCCGUACCUCAUCAACAAUGUAUUCGGCGCCUUUCUAGGGACGCUGGGGAUGAUGCCCGGGUUCAUCGUCAUGCUCAGGAGCGUUAGCGAGGCAGACAAAUCCAUGGCAGUCGGCUUCUCCUCUUUGCUUUCAACACUUUGCGGUUGGUUCGCGGGUCCCGUUGUUUUUGGAAUCGUCAUCGACUCGGCGUGCCGUAUCUGGAGCGCUUCAUGUUCCGGGCAGGGUGCAUGCGCACUGUACGACAACAUUGACAUCCGGGUGAAAAUGCACUCCUACCAGCUUGUGCCCAAGGUGCUCGCGGUUCUUCUGCAAGUGAUCGUGUACUGGCGUGCGCGCCACAAGACAGACUGGAGCCUUCGACAUGAGGACGAGGAAGAUAACACGGACUCGGACACCGAGGAUGCCAUGAAAGGUGAUCCGGAGGCGGAGAUGGACACAUAUCCCUCCAAAUGGCGGCCCGACCCCAUCUACUAGGGCAAAAAUCACAAGGACGACAGCAAAUUGUCAAUCAGAUGAAGAAGAUAGGAAUAUAGCUUGUGACACUUACUAAAUUACAACUGAUGGAGUGUUGUAUUUAUUAAAAUUAUCCAUGUCCAGGUCGUGUAAAUGUUUUACAUUCAUAAACCUUUAUUUUCACGACAUUGUUUGUCCAGUUAUGGUAGUGAUUAGCGCCCUCCCUCCUUAUCAAGAUGGCCCGGGUUCGAUUCCCAGCCUGGGCGCAUGCCAGACAAGUUAUUUUUCGGGUACUUCGGUUUCCCCCACAAGACCACAUUCACGCGCAACAUCGUGCCAACGAGAGUGACUUAGUAAUCAUAACUUCCUUCACAAUCGUUGUAAAAUAUAUAAUGUUUAAAGGAAACCUUUCCUAGCUUUUUAUUACAACUUGGUCAAUUAUAAAAUAAAUUAUGAAGUGUA